UGCAGCUCACUGUAGCCCCCAGAUCUACCGCAGCUGUUAUUCCUUCAACAUGGAUUGCUCCUGGUCUCCAGCGACAGUGAAUCAUCUGUACGGCAAUUCAGCCCCAACCUCUUCUGACCCCUCAGUCCCUUACCCUAUAUUCCACGAGGGAACCAUGGACACAUUUUUUAAAAGACACUUUUGCAAGAAACCUGCACCACCUUCCACAGAGCCCCUCUACCCCCCUACUCCACGCCGAUGCAGUGUGGCCAUAACGACUGGCAAAGCUAGACGUCGGUCCAGUGCUGGCCAGGCGUCAUCUUUGCUCUCCAUGCAGCGUCGCUGCUCUGUUGCUCCAACACAGAUUCUACCCCUUACUUUGGCCACGCCGAACCAUGUGUCAAAAAGAGAAGGACGCAGGAGAUCAAGUACCACCACUCCAGGAUUGAGUCCUCGUUUUGCUGUACAGCAGAGUCGAGGUGGUCAUUUACACUCCAUUGAUCAGCAGCUCAUGGGGCCCUCUAUGCUUUUGGCCAGUCUUAUUCAGAUGAAAAAAGCUUCAGGAAAACCAGAGGAGAGCUUGGAGGAGGAUGAUUUGGCAGAGACUUCUGAUGAAGAAGAUGAUCGUGAGAAUCAUAUUAACAAUAGAGAGGAGUUUGAUCCGAAACCCUGCUCCAUGGCAUCUGGCUCUGAACACCAUACACCAAAAGCCAUUGCCAAAUCUGGGGCUACACACCUGACCCCUCCACCUAGCUCCCUGCUCGUCGACUCAGAGACGCAAGUUCGCAGCACUGUGGACUGGAGUGAAUCUGCUCUUUACGGGGAUCAUCUCUGGUUUGAAACAAAUGUGUCCGGCGAUUUUUGUUACGUUGGUGAGCAGUACUGCACAGCUAAGAUCCAGCAGAAGUCUGCGACACGGAGGAAGUGUGCGGCAUGUAAGAUAGUUGUGCAUACGCCAUGUAUUGAGCAGCUUGAGAAGAUAAAUUUUCGAUGUAAACCCUCAUUCCGUGAGUCUGGUUCACGCAAUAUACGAGAGCAACCCGUCACUGUUAGGCAUCACUGGGUUCACCGCAGACGGCAAGCAGGAAAAUGCCGACAGUGUGGUAAGGGGUUCCAGCAAAAAUUUGCUUUUCACAGCAAAGAGAUUGUGGCAAUUAGUUGCUCGUGGUGCAAACUGGCGUACCACAACAAAGUAUCUUGCUUCAUGCUGCACCAUAUAGAAGAACCCUGCUCUUUAGGGGCCCAUGCUGCUGUCAUUGUACCCCCUACCUGGAUAAUCCGAGCGCGCCGGCCGCAGAGCUCAAUCAAGUCCAGCAAAAAGAAAAAAAGGCCCUCCUUCAAGAGAAAACCCAGUAAAAAAGGAACAGAGGAAACCAGGAUACGCCCAUUCAUUAUCAGACCAGCACCAUGUCCGUUGAUGAAACCUGUGCUUGUGUUUGUCAAUCCAAAAAGUGGUGGAAAUCAAGGUAUCAAGAUCCUUCAGUCAUUUAUGUGGUAUCUGAAUCCACGUCAGGUUUUUGACCUCUGCCAGGGCGGCCCAAGAGAAGCGUUGGAAAUGUAUCGGAAAGUACCAUCUCUGAGGAUUCUUGCGUGUGGUGGGGAUGGCACGGUAGGAUGGAUCCUUUCAGUUCUGGACCAAUUGCAGCUCUUCCCUCCUCCUCCUGUGGCCAUCCUUCCUCUAGGGACCGGGAAUGAUCUCGCUAGGACUCUCAACUGGGGUGGGGGCUACACAGAUGAACCUCUUUCAAAAAUCCUCAGCCAUGUGGAGGAGGGAACUGUGGUCCAGUUAGAUCGGUGGAAUCUGGAAGUAGAGCGGAAUCCAGAAGCCUGUGAAGAUGAUAAGGCUGAAGGUGCAACAGAUAAGCUGCCCUUGGAUGUGUUCAAUAAUUAUUUUAGCCUUGGAUUUGACGCUCGUGUCACGCUGGAAUUCCAUGAGUCCCGAGAGGCCAAGCCUGAGAAAUUUAACAGCCGUUUCCGGAACAAGAUGUUCUAUGCCGGGACUGCAUUCUCCGACUUCCUGACCGGCAGCUCACGGGAUCUGGCCAAACACAUCCGUGUAGUUUGUGAUGACACGGAUCUUACUGCAAAAAUCCAGGAGCUCAAGUUGCAAUGCUUAGUAUUCCUUAACAUACCCCGGUACUGUGCCGGCACUAUGCCAUGGGGGAAUCCUGGGGAACACCAUGAUUUUGAACCUCAGAGGCACGAUGAUGGAUGUAUUGAAGUGAUUGGGUUCACCAUGGCAUCUCUGGCUGCGCUGCAGGUUGGUGGUCAUGGUGAACGACUGCACCAAUGCCGAGAGGUUCUGCUCAGCACAUUUAAGUCCAUUCCAAUGCAAGUAGAUGGUGAGCCUUGCAAGUUAGGACCUUCUAUAGUGAAGAUUACCCUGCGGAAUCAGGCCAACCUUGUACAGAAAACCAAGAGACGUACGUCUAUCCCUCUGCGCAAUGAUCAGCAGCCGGUUCCGGACAGGCUGCGUCUACGAGUCAACCGCAUCUCCAUGCAUGACUACGAGGCCUUGCACUACGACAAGGAGAAACUGAGAGAAGCUUCUAUCCCACUGGGAGUUAUUGUGGUUCCCGGAGACAGUGAUCUCGAGACGUGCCGUGUUCACAUACAGCGGCUGCAGGAGGAUUUUCCUACGUACCCCACAAUCUUGCAGCGUCUUGACUUGAAGGAGGGCGGAACAACUCAUAUCCAGAAUGUCUCAUCACAGAAGCUCUCUCCUAAAUGGUGUUUCUUGGACUCCACUACUGCAGAUCGCUUUUAUAGAAUUGACCGUGCACAGGAGCAUCUGAACUACGUAUUGGAGAUCUGUCAAGAUGAACUUUAUGUGUUGGACCCAGAAUUGAUCAUUACUCAAUCAGUGGGAACCUCUCCUGCAAUGCCAUCUCCAUCUUUCCAGUUCCCUCCACCACCAUGCUCUCCACCUGAAUCCCCAGCUUUCCCCGAACCACAGCAGAGACCUCACCUGGGCAGUGACAGCUCUUCUAGCCAACAAGGAGUUGAGUCCAGGCACAGGACAAACUCCGACCUCUCCAAUUUACAACCUGAUGACAUUUUAAUAGAGUCUGCAAAAAAUGAUGACCUAGAAAAGUUCCGGAAGGCACACAGUGCCGGAGGAAGUCUGAUGCUGCGAGAUGUGGGGGGCUGCACUUUGUUACAUCAUGCAAUUGCCUCUGGAAGCAAAGAGAUUGUAAAGUACAUAAUUGAGCAUGCUCCAUCUGAAAUCCUGGACAUUGCAGAAUUGAAAAAUGGGGAAACCGGUCUGCACCUUGCUGCAUCCUUACGCCAGCGCACAAUUUGUCAUUAUAUCGUGGAGGCGGGAGCAUCACUGAUGAAAACAGACUUGCAGGGUGAUACUCCUAAAAAUCGGGCUGAAAAGGCAAAGGAUCCCGAGCUAGCUGCCUAUUUGGAGAACAGACAGCACUACCAAAUGAUCCAGCGGGAAGACCAGGAGACAGCAGUGUAAUGGGGAACACUGGAUCCCCCGGAAAGAGACAUUAAAUUCCCUAUGGAGAAUCCUACACUUCCUAAUCCCUCCAAUGGGAUAACUGCACCUUUUCAUCCUCCUAAUGCCUUACCACCCAACCCUCACCCCAUCCAAUAUCAUGCACUGCCACUCACUCAAACCUUUCCAAUCUGAACCCAGAACCUAACAGUGUUUUCAAGGAGGUGGAGUAGUUGAUUAAUCCGAUAUAUGUUCUUGAUGGUCUUGUAGUCUACCAGCUGCUGUUGGAGUACAGUGUACACCAGAAGCACCUGGUUCCUGAUUGGUUUAUUAUGAUGGGAGUUUAUUCCAACAACCUCUGCAGGGCCACCAAUUGGUCACAUCUGCUACAGAGGAUUGAUACAUCAAUGGUAUUCCUGGAGUCAGAAAUAACGUGAUCUAUAUAUAUAUAUUUACAUAUUUUUUUGCUGCAUAAACCCUGCAAGGGGGAUUGUACCACUUCCCAUUUAUUCCCUUGCUUUAACUAAUUUACCCUCUUAUAUCGACCUGCUCACUGUGCACCCCUCCCCCAAACGUGCUCUAUUUUUGUCCUCUUAGUACUAGGCUAAGUUGUGUGUCAGUAGACCUGUCUAGGACAGGAUCGGAGACUAAUGAAUACCAGACCCUUUGGCCAUUUCCUGUUUUGCUUUUGUAGGCAAGGAAGUGGUCCUGUGCUUAUCCCUCCUUCCCCUCCGACCCAUGUAAAGGACAUCUUAGCCUUGUGCUUUGGGCCUGUACAUUUGGGGGCAGAGUUUACAUGUUCCGUGUGAUGAUGUUGUCCUCCUGUCAACGGACGCUGGUAUUAAAUUCAUUGUGUACAGGAAAAAAACUUCUUUUUUUUAGAUUUGUUUUAAUCUUGUUGUGAGGCUUACACUCUUUAAAUGUAGGCACGUUUUGCUGUGUAUUUACACAUGCUCAGAUAGAUUUGUGCAUACUUAGUAAAGGAGAUCAUUGUUCCGUUGUCCUGACUCUGAGUCCCAACCUUAGAUUCAUGUCUACUGUAUUUGAUGUCCAUAAACCUGUGAACUUUCUAACAUUACCUUCAGAAAAUUGCCUCACUUGGGGUUUAGCGUUUAGUUUUGGUUUUUAUUCUGUAAAUAAGAGAUAAGACUGGUUGAGGCCCUUCAUCCUGAGCUUUUUAUUUGGUUUAGUUUUUUUGCUGUUAGGUGAUUAACUAUGUUUACACUCGACCUGUCUGCCGUCUUGGCCCAGUCAUUGCUACGUGCUGGUUCAUUUGAUUUUAAGUUUGUGUAAUCACUGUAAUAAAUUUGGUCCAUGUGAGCCACCAUGCAGCAGUCAUUGUACCAUUGGCUCUUGCUGUGCCGUGGAUUAAGCAGCUACCAGCUCUCCUUUUCUUUGCUAGGGUUGAUGGCUUAUAUUACUGAGAUCAUUAUGUUUGAUUGUUUACUUGUUUUGAAACUGUUUUUGUUUAAUUUUAACUUAUUGCAUAUUUUUAUCAUUUGUCAUUUUGUAUGAAGUUUUGUUUUGGGUUUGUUUGUUUUUUUUUUUUUUUUGUUUUUCUUCCUAACGAGAAAAAAAAAAUGAAAAUGGUUUUUAAACCUCUUUUUACCCAGUUCUUUGCACAGGUGUAAAACACAGUAUUUCCAAUUUUAUUAAUAAAAUAAAAUAGGAUAUUGCUUGACAAUCAAGAACAAUUACUAGAGAGGACAUGGGCUUAACUCUACUCUCUACAGAUCAUGAGGCUGAUGAUUCAGUGUCGUCCUUGGAUUCUGUGUUCAGGUCUUGCUGCCACAGGGGACUGCAAUAUAUAUAUAACAGGCAUGGAUAACAGAAAAUGUCUGCAGAGGAUGGCUCUGCAUGCUGAAAGGGGGUGACCGCUGCCCUGCCCAGCACUAUAAGCACAGGGACAUAGAAUUUAAAGCAAUAUUUCAGCAUUCUACAGAUGAUUUAUAUAUAUAUAUUCAUUUUUUUUUUUUUUUUGUCUUUUGUGUAGAUAUACUUUUUAUGUUUCUACUUGCAUCGUUUGUACACAGUGUGCUGGGCAGUGCACGUCAGAUCUGGUCAUGCAGUUAGCUAAGUGAGAUGCUAAUGGAACACUUUU